UAUAUUCAGAUAUAAGGAUUACUCAAGCAGAUAUGCAAAUGUUAGUGCAUAUCCUACUCCUAUGAACUAUAGAAAUUUGUCGAGCACCCCUACUAGGGGGACUACAGUGUCUAGAGGAAACUCUCUACCCCCCUCAGGAUUAGAUGGUCGGGAUAGCAGGCAGAGAACAUCCUACAGAUCUGAAAGGCCGAGUACGCCCCCCAACCGAAACCUACGACUUAAAUCUCCGAGUAUACCAAAAGAACGAACAAGAGAUGAAUUGAUUGAUUCUAUUGUACACACCCGGACACGUGAACACAGAGUUAUGCCCGGAUUUCGGUCCUCUACUGAUUAUGAUGAACGAAAAUCCAUGAGAGUUGAUUGUGACAAGGUUUUCAACGGGAUCAUCAUUGGAAAUGGAGAGACUAUUCUUAAUAUUGAUUAUUUACUAGGUAUAGGUGUAACCCACGUGCUGAAUACCGCUGAACAGCACGUGGUUGUAAACCCCGGGAAAUACAGCUGUCACGGAAUCCAGUAUUAUGGCUUUCAUGUUGACGAUUUGCCACAAUCUAAUAUUUCAAGAUAUUUUCAUAGAACAACAGAUUUCAUUCACAAAGCUGUAAGUGGAGGAGGAGUGAUAGUUGUUAACUGCUUCAUGGGCUGGUCCAGAUCAGCAACAUGUGUAGCUGCCUAUCUUAUGAUGAAGCACAACAUGACUUCAACAAGGGCAUUGGAGACAAUCCGGCAGUCCCGCCCCAUCCGCCCUAAUGCUGGCUUUCUUCAACAACUUGCUGAUCUUGAAAAUACACUGGCAAAGCGUAUCUCAUGGUACUAAAUACCAUCUUGGACACCUGUUUUUUUGACUUAUUCUUUAUUAUAGAAAACUUCAUGGCCAUUGGCAACCAAUAUUGCAUUACUUAUGGUCUUCAUCAGCUUGCAAACAUAAAGAAUAUAUUGGCCAUACAUAUCUCAUAUCUCUUGUGGACUUAGGCCUUACAUUUUCAUCAAAACCUUCAAUGAUCCAGACAAUUAACUCGCCAUACCUUUCUUGUGGUACAUAUUCAGCAGGCAAAUACUGGCAAAGCGUAUCAUAUGCUAUUAAUCUCAUAAUAGUGUGCCUUAAAGUUUCUUCAGCAGCUUUCUGACCAAAAGAAUACAAUGGAAAAGAUGAUUGCAUAGCACUAACUUCCAUAACAGGCCACUCAGCCUUAUAAUUUCUUUACCUAGCUUGGUGGUGAUCUGAAGAAUACAUAGAUUAAACAUAGCUAAUAUUAAAAUAUUUCAACUCAUUGUAUUUUGCCAUUACAAGACCUCUUGCCUAAACUGGGUUUAGACUUUUAUCAAUUUAUGUUUUAAUGUGCCAAAUGCUUCAGUUAUAUUUUCUGCCUUCUAUGUAGAAAGAGUUUGAAAUGAUUUUAAAAAGAGGAAUUUCAGAAACUUUUGAAACAACAAGAGUUUUUUCCAUUUGUUUAAAUAUUAACCAGUGCCUGUGAGUUUAUCAAUUUUAAGUUCAAUUAUAUGGUUUAAAAAUUGCAUUGCGUUGUUUUCUUUAUCUUUGACUAUUUGAAUUCAGUGAUAAUUUUGGAAACAACCAUCUAGUCUUUAAAAUCGCUGCAAGAUUUGAAUGAUUUUUGUAUAAAAUGAUACUAAUUCCUUGUAUAUUUUUGUAUUAAACGAAUUUGUAAAUUAACAGUAAUUGUAAGUCCCUGCUAUGAUCAAUAAUACUUCUGAUAAAUAAUUUUUUUAUGAAUGAAUGAGUUUUUGUGUUAGAGAAAGUAAUUUAAUAUUUAAAGUGUGUGUUUUAAUGGUUUUAUAAAGUUUACCUUACAGCUACACUUUGAAAACUAUUAUUAUAAAGGAUAAACUUUCUGAAUUUUUAGAGAUAUUUUAUAAUUGUGUCCUAGUUUUUUUGCCAUGUAACGGUUUACACCUUUUUUCUCUCUUGUUGACAAUAAAAACAAGAAUAUUUCCCCAAUUCUAAACCAAAAUAUUGAAAAUA